AUGGCCAAAUCGGCAGAGGCACGAUGGCAUCUCGGCCACUGGGUGCUCCUUUUUUCUCUGCCCACACCAUCGCUCUGCGGUUCCAUGGCAGCUUGGUGGACUGACCUCGGGCCCUCGCUUGUUCUUCAGAAUGCUUCAACCGGCCUCCUCACCUAUUCCUUCUGUAACAGCAACGGCACUCCCAUCUAUCCACAAGAUCCACCAAUCGCUCUCAGGACCACUUACGCCCCCAAAAAGGGAACAUCACUGGCGGCUACUGGCUGGUAUGAUCAAAUCGGGUCGACGUGGGCCUCGGUAUUCUACCAAAACAACAACGAUGACAUUGUCAACGCUGUCUACAAGUGUGACAACAGAACCGGAUUGUACGACCAGCAAGAGAGCAAUGUCAUCUCGGACAGACGAGGGACCCCAAGCCCCCACACGGAUUCAGGAAUCUCCGUCACUUUACUGGGGGAGCAAGAGGGUUAUAGGGUAUUCUACCAUGACAGAUCGAAGGCGCUCCAGUCAUUGCAAUUCAAGUCAACGGACGGCUGGUCUUAUGGAAGUCCGGUAUCGAGCAACACAAAUCGGUCAAGUAUGGAGAUCCAUUCGCAAUUUUCGGGUGUUCGUAACGUCACAGUGGUGACCCCGAGAGACGCUCGAAACAUGGAAACAGCCCGUCUCAACGUGGACAGCACCUACUUCAUCGAUACGUUUCCAACACCACUCAAAGGAGGACUCAACAAUACCAGCGCCUCUAACCGGACUUCAUUUCCAUAUGAUACCUCCGCAACCCCUUCAUUUGAGCUUGAGGCGUGGGAUGGCAACCCAAAAGCAAUCGGCAUUGCUAUUGACACUGACACGACCCGUCACAUUUUCUACAUUGGAACCGAUCGCGCGGUCCACUGGAUUGCGGCGUUCGUCUCGGCCUCGGUUGAAGGUGGUUUUCGCGCUCAGGCGUCUCAGAACACCGACGUCUGGCCUUUGGCUGACGAACCAAAUUCCGACUUCACCAUUGCGAGUCACAUCGAAAGCAGCAGCAUUCGACUGUACUAUGUCAGUGGAGGCCGUAUAAUCGAAACGAAGUAUCGUGAUGGAAAUUGGGACCGAGCCGCCCCUGUGGAGAGUGCCAACACGACGAUCAUCGCUGAUGAAGGUGCUGGUACGGGUGAUGCUGGUCUUACAACGGGAGCGAAGGCAGGUAUUGGUGUCGGGGUCAGUGUUGGUGUCCUUCUCAUCGGCGCAGCAGCAGCAGCUUUUUGGAUUCUUCGAAAGAAGAAGUCCACACCCCCUGACGAGGAGGCCACAACAGCUGCCGACAACACAGCUGCUACGGUUCCGCCCAUGUCUGAGACGGGAAGUCAAGGCGCCUCCUCUCCAACAGCUGGUGUCGCGCGCACCGGUAGCGGACUCAGUGCAGACAAGUGGGACGCUGAAGUCAAGGACAAGCCGCUUACACCUCCACCGAGAGAACUUGAGAGUCCGAAUCUUGCGUCUGAGCUGCCGCAUACCAAUGACAGGAAUGAGCUUCCUACUAAGCAUCAUGUCACGGAGCUACCUUGA